AUGGCAGGAGAGAGGGCUGAGUAUGAUGGGAUUGUCAGUGGGCAAGAGUUAAUUUAUCAGUUCCAAGAAGAUAGCGACGAUCUUGGGGAGAAGGAAUAUGAGGAGAACGAGGCAAACUCCCUUAAACUCCGGAACUUUGUUGAAGAUGAGUUUUAUCAAUCCGAUGGACAGAUGCAAUAUAGAGGAGAAGAGGAGAUGAGACUCCGAUAUGGACGGAAGAAGAAGGAGAAAAGGAAGAAAAAGAAGAACGAUGAGAACAAAAGGCCUUCGAAUAGGAAGAUAGUGAAUCUUCCUGCAUCACCUCCUUAUGUGAGGUUUGUAGAUGGAGAAGAGAGGCUAUGCUUUAAGUAUGUGACAAAGGUGAGUGAAUCUGCAAGGGAUGCAAUGCCUAAGGCGGAUCUCGAGGACAAUGAGUUUUGUGUAAGGUUUGACCUCGAUAGUGUUGAUAUCAGCAAGCUGAAUGAAAAGUUCAAGGCAGACAACUGUGUGUAUCCAAGGGCAAAUCUUCCAUACGAAAUGUACACUGGAAAUAGAUGGGGGUUUGAGACUGAAUGUAACCGGCUUGCAUGGCAGUUUGUUUCAUUGAAUCCAGUGCUUCUAUAUGGAAAGAAGGGGCUUAUCCAAAGGGCUGUUGACUCGUAUAGAACGAUCAACAAGCAGAGCAGGAACAAGAGGGUUGUGAAGGAGGACAGAUUUCCUAGCGACAUUGAAAAGAGGAGGCAUGUCUCAGGAGCACCCUCAACAAUCACGAUACAGUGGACUAAUAGGGGGAUUCUGAAGAAAUGCAAGAUUCAAGUCAACAUUGAGAAUAUAAAUUAUGAGAAGAUUGAUGAUGAAUUCAAGUCGAGGUUUUCGGUGUUUAUGGACGACUUUGACGACACAUCCUUUGGGAAGAGCAAAUGGGAAAGCCACAAUGCUGACAACGAGCUUGCAGUAAAGAUAGCUUUCCUCAAUGUUGAGAACACAUCGUUUUGGAAUGCCAUCAAAGCACUUGACAAGACGACUGUCCUCAAGAAGGCUAUUGAAGCAUACAAGCAGAAGAGAGAUGAAUAUGUAAGUUCUGAGGAUGAUACUGAGAUUUCUGAUGUUGUUGCAAGCACCCUAGGAGGCAGCCUAGGAAACUCGAAGAGUUGUAAUAUUGAGAAUUUUUAUUUUGAUAAUUGA